UUCCUGACCAUCUUGCCUGAGGGAAUCCAGACCUGGGUUCAGAGACUUCAUCCAGAAACAUGUGAUGAGGUUGUUGCCCUUGUAGAGGCUUUCCAGCUAAUUUAUCAGGAGAUUGGGAAAUGUGGGCAAAAGGGAAUACCUGUUUCAGAUUCCAGUGACGUUCGAAGACGUGGCUGUGUAUUUCACCAAGAAGGACUGGGGUCAUCUGGACAAAAGGCAGAGGGAGCUCUACAGGGAUGUCAUGCAGAAGAAUUUGAAGACUACUCUCUGGGAUUUGAGACUCCAAAACCUGAUGUGAACUCUCGGAUGGAACAGGAGGAAGAGCCUUGCAUCCCAGAUUGGCAGGAUGCCAGAGAAAGGGUAAUACCAAGAGAAGCCGGCACAGAAACGGACUCCUGCACAGAGAUCAGUUCCACUCUGAUGCUGCUCAGAUUUACCACCUUGUCUCUGAGGAAGGCCUCGUCCUCCUGUCUCAGUUGUCAGAGGGACACCUGUUCUCUCUCCCUCAAUAACUGGUGGAGUUUGGCAGACUCACAGAUGACCUGCUGGAGGUUCAUCGCAACUGAGUCCUGGGAGAUGGCAAAACAGACUGAAAACACCUGUUUAUUUCACACUGUGAAAACAAAUAAUGUAAAAGUCACAAUUUUCUAAUAGAUUAUU